CCGGGCUGGAGGUGGCUGCCGGCGCCUGCCGCCGAGCCCUUGUCUUGGCCCGGGCUGGACAGCCGGCCCUGGGCUGGGCGGGAGGGCGGUGCACCGGCUGCUCCCCAGCUCCGCGUUCGCCGGGCGCCGUGGUGGCAGUGGGGCGGUGGGGCGCGGGGGAAGGGGUUAAAAUAAACGGCGGCCGGGCCCGGCCCACUGCGCUGCCGCGGCCUGGCGCUGCCGCCGGGAAGGGCCGCCAUCGCGCCGUGCCGGCCGGGCUGAGACAAUGACUGACUGGGCCCCCAUAGCAAAGGAGUAUGACCCCCUCAAGGCUGGGAGCAUUGAUGGCACAGAUGAAGAGCCCCACGACCGUGCCAUAUGGAGGGCUAUGUUGGCACGCUAUGUACCCAACAAGGGAGUUACAGGAGAUCCUCACCUCACUCUGUUUGUGGCAAGGCUCAAUCUUCAGACCACAGAAGAGAAGUUAAAGGAGGUCUUUUCCCGAUACGGAGACAUCAGAAAGAUCCGUCUGGUCCGAGACCUGGUCACGGGAUUUUCCAAGGGUUAUGCAUUUAUUGAGUACAAAGAGGAGCGUGCUCUUUUGAAGGCCCACAGAGACGCCAACAGGCUGGUCAUUGAUCAACAUGAGAUCUUUGUAGACUUUGAACUGGAAAGAACUCUCAAAGGAUGGAUUCCUCGGAGGCUUGGAGGUGGUUUUGGAGGCAAAAAAGAAUCUGGGCAGCUACGGUUCGGAGGACGGGACAGACCUUUCCGAAAGCCCAUCAAUUUGCCAAACAUGAAAAAUGAUUUCUAUGGAGAAGGAUCAGCAGAGAGAAGAAGCUGGUCUCGGGAGGGAACGAGGGACUGGAGAACAAGGGACCGAGACCAUGAAAGGAGCAGAGACAAGCGAUGGCCAGAAAGGGAGCGGUUGUGGACUUGGGGUGAAAGUGAGAGGGACUCCAAAGAGGAGAGGAGCAGAGGGAGGGAGAGGAAAAACAGAGACAGGAAGGACACGGAUAGAGACCGGAGCAGGGAAAGAGACACCAGAAAACCAAGAGAUGAUGAUAAGCAUCGAUAGGUGACAGUGCCUUGUCAAUGGGGGUGUGUUACCUAUUCUUACAUCUACAAUGUUUUGGUUGUAGAUGCUGCCUUCAGCUUGGGGCUGUGAGUGGCAUUCCCAGAACAAGCUGUGUUGUUCCUGCCUUGUGCCUCUGACUCUUGCCUGCUAGAAGCUUGCUGUAGUUCGGUCACUAAUGCAGCUAAGAUAAUGUGCUGAAUUGUUCCUCAGAGAAAAUAAACUUUUGUAUUAAUAUUUAUGAA